CGAGGCUCGAGCAGACAGACGCGCGUCGAGUCUGAUCUCAUUUCUCGAUUGACGCCCCCACGCACGCACGCACGCACGCAUAGCAUAGCACGUCCUCUCCCACACCCACCUACCCACUCACCCACUUGAGCCGCUACACCCAUGAUCCCUCUAUUCGGCAGCGAAGGACGGCGGCAGAUCAACCUCGGCGGCGCGUCGUCCGUGUCCACGCUCGCGUCCAUCACCGACCAGGCCAAGGCGCGGCGUCUCGAGCGCUCGGAGCUGCGCCGCAGGAGCGACGCGGCAGUGCGCAUCCAGGCGUGGUGGCGCGCCCUCGCCUCGACGCGCGCCGCGCGGGCGCAGAUGCAGGGCGUGUUCGAGCGCGAUGUGCAGGGCCUGACGGGGCUCAGGUGUCUGGUCGUCCUGGGGAACGAGAUGAAUGGUGAGGUGCUGAGGAGGUGGUCGCAGGUCGUGUCGGCCGAGGGUGAAUCGGCUCUGUUUGCUGUUGCCAAAGGGCCGAAUGCGUCGAGUUGGCUGGUUCUCAUAAGGCAGGCGGCUGCACUGUUGUUGAAAUCCAUCUCUUCCGCGCCCAGGAGCAAGGAUGCAGUUGCGCAUCUGACUGUCCUGAAUAUGCUUUUGAGUCCCAAUGUUGUCAGCCGAAAUCUGGGUCCGUCAGGCCGAGAGGUCUGUGCAAAUAUACAGCUGUAUCUCCUCCGGCGAAGUUUCUUCCCGUUGCUCUCAAGAUCCAUACAAUCCAUCCCUCCCGUAGAAGCUAAAACAUCCGUCUCGCUACCUCUAAUACUAACGCUCGUCACCGCGCCGUUCUUCACCCUACCAUCAGACUCGCUGACAUCCACCGAGUCGUUCCACGCCUUCAUCGCGAACAUCCUGAUUAUCCCGCUGCUGCCGAAUCGGCUGCCGCUGACCGGCCUGACGCACCUCUCCUCACACAUCCCGUACAACUCGUUCGCCGCACCCGGCCCGCCGGCCAUCGACGCGCUCUCGAUCGAGGACCGCGUGCAUGUCGUCGCGAACCUCACGGCGUUCACGCCCCCGCGGUAUAAAGCUAUGCUGCCCGCCGCGCUUGCGGGGUACAUCGAGUUCCUGCGGGUCGUGUUCGACUCGCUCCCGGCGAAUGUGUUCGACGGGCGCUCGGCCUCCAAGGCUUCCCCCACCGUCAACAUGGAUUUAGACUCGGACUCCUCCGACGACGGCCACGCCGCAUCCGCAUCCACCACAUUGGUGUCGGUCGUGUCGGCAUUCGUGCCGAGCGCGCCGCGCGUGGUGCUGCCCGCGCUCGACGCCAAGACGCAGAAGCGGCUGGCGACGCUCGUGGCGCCUGCGCACCUGAACGCGCUGCUGGCGGCCACGCAGCGGCAUCCGGAUGCGAGCCGCGCCGCGCUGUUCCGCAUGUUCCUAGCGCUUGAGCGCGUGUGGCCGGGUAAGCGCGGCGAGGUGCUGGGCGCGAUUAUGGUUGGCGGGCACGGGGUGACGGUCAUCAAGGAGCUGUGGCGCGGGUCCGUGCGCCGAGCCCACGCUGCGGCGAUCCUGCAGGAGUUUACGCGACUGCCAUCGAAUCAGCCCCCGAGUACGACUCUGCCGGCGGUGCUGUUUCUGGCUGACCUCUACACGCAUGCGCUGCUGACGAUGGGCGAUGACGAGUUCUUUGGCACGUCGACGGCGACGGCUGUGCCCCGGAAUCCGAUGAGCCUGGAUGAGCUGACGACGUUCAGCCGGCUGCUGCUUGACAUUGCGUUUGGGCUGUAUCAAGGUACAUUGGAUGAUGGGCACCAAGAGCUAGUGGCUGCGCAUGGGCCUAGGGGUCUGGCCUUUACGUGGGAGGAAGUGCGGGAAAGAGUGACCAAGUGUUUGCUGGCGAUCCAUGCAAGAGACUCUCGGCGGCCGUUCACCCCGGAGGACCACUGGCUCGUGUCAGGCCAGAUCGACAUGAAGUCUUUCAUCGAAGCAGCGCUGUUCGAAGAGCUGCAGAUGACGACCAACAACGCGCGCGCAGCGACGUCGCGGCAGAUCGCGCGGCUCGCCCCGCGGCUGGGGAUCCUCCACAACAUCCCGUUCUCGAUCCCGUUCUCGAACCGCGUGCAGGUGUUCCGGUCGUUCAUCGAGAACGACCGGCGCACGCGCGCGGGGCCGCUGGCGUACACGCCGCCGACGCGCGUGGUAGUGCGGCGGGCGCACAUCUCGGAGGACGGCUUCGACCGGCUGCGCGACGUGGACCUGCGCGGGAAGAUCGCGAUCACGUUCAUCGACCAGUUCGACGUGCCGGAGGCGGGCAUCGACGGCGGGGGCGUGUUCAAGGAAUUCUUCACGUCGCUGUGCAAGGAGGCGUUUGACACGAACCGCGGGCUGUGGCUUGCGAAUAAGAAGAACGAGCUGUACCCGAAUCCGCAUGCGUAUGCCGUCGAGCCGCAUAGCUUGAAUUGGUACCGGUUCAUCGGCCGCAUUGUUGGGAAGGCCAUGUACGAUGGGAUUCUGGUGGACAUUGCGUUUGCCGGGUUCUUCUUGGCCAAGUGGCUAGGAAAGCAGAGCUUUCUGGACGAUCUGGCGUCGCUGGAUCCCGAGCUGUACAACGGCCUGGUCUUCCUGAAACACUACACAGGCAACCCAGAGGACCUGUCGUUGAACUUUGCAGUCGCCGUCGAAGACUUUGGAGUGACCAAGAGCGUGGAUCUGAUCCCGAACGGCAGCAACAUCGCCGUGACCAAGGAGAACCGGCUGCAGUACAUCCACCUGGUGUCACACUACCGGCUGAGCAGGCAGAUCAAGCACCAGAGCGAGGCGUUCUUCGAGGGCUUGUCUGAGAUCAUCGACCACAAGUGGCUCAGGAUGUUCAAUCAGCAGGAGCUGCAGGUGCUUAUCGGCGGAACCGAUUCGCCUGUGGAUCUGGACGACCUGCAGGGCCACACGCAAUACGGUGGCUUGUACGACCCCAAUGACGCGACAAUCGUGUCGUUCUGGAAGGCGAGUCCAGCCCUCUGCCGUCGUGCACUCUUUCAACCAGGAACAACGGAGGGCGCUCCUGCGGUUCGUGACGAGUUGCAGUCGGCCGCCGCUUCUCGGCUUCAAGGAGCUCGUUCCCCACUUUGCUAUCCGGGACGCGGGGCCGGACCAGCUCCGCCUGCCCACGUCGAGCACGUGUGUGAAUCUGCUCAAGGUGUGUUUGGUUUGCUGCUCCCCAGGUACACUAGCGAGAGCACGUUGCGGACCAAGCUGCUGCAGGCUAUCACCGCGAAUGCCGGGUUCGAUCUGUCGUGAUUCUUGUAUGUAUGUGUGUUGUUGGAAAAGUAGUGAUAUCGUAUGUGGUUGUAAUACCAGUGUAUGAGUAGUAGUAGAUCUUGGGCUCUUACAUUACAUAAGACAUGCUCCAGGACAUCAGUUGAUGACAUGAUGGGUAGGAU